GUCUGACAGCGUCCGCGGCCCACAUCCGGUCUCUGAGGGCUCGGGUCGGGUCGUCGUGGCUGAGGGGCUGAGGACCCUCAGUCUUCUGGGAGGAGUGUGAAGAUGCUAAAGGAGCGUCCAGGGAUGGCAGAAGACCCCCAGCAACAGAUGGGUGUUCCUGUGGUAAAGCUGGAGAAAGAGUUGCCAUGGGCCAGGGGAAGGGAGGACCCUAGUCCUGAGACUUUUCGUCUGAGGUUUCGGCAGUUCCGCUACCAGGAGGCAGCUGGUCCUCAGGAAGCCCUCAGGGAACUCCAGGAACUCUGUCGCCAGUGGCUGAGGCCUGAGCUGCAUACCAAGGAGCAGAUCAUGGAGCUGCUGGUGCUGGAGCAGUUCCUGACCAUCCUGCCACGGGAGUUCUAUGCCUGGAUUCGGGAGCAUGGCUUGGAGAGUGGCAAAGCUCUUGUGGCCAUGGUGGAGGACUUCACAGAGAGAACGUUGGAGGCCAAGGCGGUUCCAUGCCUCGUGCAGGGAGAACGGGAGGAGACAGCACUUUGCAGAGGCCCUUGGGAACCAGGUGUUCACCUGGGGCCAGUGGAGGUCAAGCCUGAGUGGGGGAUGCCCCAUGGGGAAGGAGUUCAAGGCCUAGACCAAGGCACUGAGGAGCAACUCAGUCAAGACCCUGGAGCUGGGACACAAGCCUUCCAGGAGCAGGCUCUGCCAGUUCUUCAGGCUGGUUCUGGCCUCCCUCCAGUGAACACCAGAGACCAAGAGAUGGCAGCUGGGUUCCUUUCAGCUGGACCCCAGGGGUUGGGACCAUUUAAAGAUAUGACUCUGGCCUUCCCUGAGGAGGAAUGGAGACAUGUGACCCCAGCCCAGAUAGACUGUUUUGGGGAAUAUGUGGAACCCCAGGACUGUGGGGUCUCACCUCCAGGCAUUGGGAGCAAGGAAAAAGAGUCUAAAACCCAGCAGGCAGACCUCAAGGGGUCGCUUGCUCGGGUGACGGCAGAGAGGUUUGGGGAAGCCACGCUCCAGAGCCCUGAGCUUGGAAGAACCUGUGAGCAGGAGCCCAGUAGCUCUGUGGGAAACAUGCCAGGGCCGCCUCCUCCUCAGCAUGGUGUCAUACCCCUGCCCGAUGACCUCAAGACCCACAGCUCCUUUUGGAAGCCUUUUCAGUGCCCCGAGUGUGGAAAAGGCUUCAGUCGGAGCUCAAAUCUUGUCAGACACCAGCGAACCCAUGAAGAAGAGAAAUCCUAUGGGUGUGUCGAGUGUGGGAAGGGGUUCACCUUGAGAGAGUACCUCAUGAAGCACCAGAGAACCCACCUGGGAAAGAGACCCUAUGUGUGCAGUGAGUGCUGGAAAACGUUCAGUCAGAGGCACCACCUCGAGGUCCACCAGAGGAGUCACACAGGGGAGAAGCCUUACAAGUGUGGUGACUGCUGGAAAAGCUUUAGCCGGAGGCAGCAUCUGCAGGUGCAUCGGAGAACUCACACAGGGGAGAAGCCCUACACUUGUGAGUGCGGCAAGAGCUUCAGCAGGAACGCAAAUCUGGCUGUGCACCGGCGAGCCCACACCGGGGAGAAGCCGUAUGGGUGCCAGGUGUGUGGGAAGCGGUUCAGUAAAGGGGAGCGAUUGGUCAGACACCAGAGGAUCCACACUGGGGAGAAGCCCUACCACUGUCCAGCCUGCGGGAGGAGCUUCAACCAGAGGUCCAUCCUCAAUCGUCAUCAGAAAACUCAGCAUCGCCAGGAGACCCUGGCACAGUAAGGAUGCACCUUUUUUACGAAAGGAAGGUGCUGGAAGGUGUAGGACCUUUCAGGAUCGCCAAGUGGAGGGAGAUCCCAUUGGAGGAUGCAUUCGUCUUUCCUCACUGAAGGGCUUUGAGGAGGGAGUGGUAGAGUGAUAGGGUGCAGAAAGGCACUUUGACCCAUUUUCUUUACAUUUGUUGUCAAACAGAAGCAAGGCAAUGCCUGAUUUAUUUUGAGUUUCCAGAGAGCACAGCUCCUCACGUCUCUUAUCCAAGUGGUGCAAACUGUUUUUUACUGUCUUUUGGGAAAUUAUAUCCUGAACUUCACUUCAGGUUGAAGUUUUUCUCCUUCAUUGGGAUGUCAUGUACGCCUCUCGAGCAAGUCUGACAAAGUUUUGUCCCAUGUUGGCAAGUUACACCUCAUUGUGAUGAGGGCUGUAUUGACCUGCAAAAUCAUUAGUUCAGACUCUGCCUCUCUUCUUUUCCAUUUAACAAGUAUUUAUUGAACAGCUACUGUGUCUGGUGCUGGGAGCACAGUGGUGAAUGAGGCACAUGAGAUGUGAGCCUCCUGGAACUGGUGAUUUAGCAGUGGAAACACACAGAACCAUUAAUAGCUCCAGACAUUCUAAGUUAUGUUUGUGGUACGUGCUGUUUGAGAGGGUAGUCUUCUUCUGGUGCUCACUCGUUCUGCCCUGCCACUCAGGUGCUGGAUCUUCCCCUCCCUAGUUAGGAUCUCUCAGGCAGCCUUGUUUAUUUUACUUUAUUUUUACCCCCUUUGUCUCUGUAACAGCAUACCCUCAUUUGUAUAGUUUCCCCAUUAUUCCUUGUACUGUAACAACUAUCCACCCAUCCAGUAGGAAAUUAAUAUUUUGCUAUUGAUUACCGAAUAAACAUGAAAGUAUUUUAAAAAGUGUUCAGUUCUAUAUAAAGAUCUAAUUAAAUAAAUCUGAAAGAUGAACUAUUAUUAAUGCACUGUAUUUGAUGGCAUUUUACAGCAUAUAAGAUGCUUUUUUUUCUAUUUUCACUUUAUCAUUCCACACGUAUUUAUUGAGGCCCAACAGUGUGCCAGGAACUCUUAGGUGCUUGCCAUAUAUCAGUAAAUAAAAUGGGAAAAGUCCCUGACCUCGUGGAGCCUACAUUUUAGUGAAUAUAUUUGAUCUUCAGAACCUCCUAAGGUGGAACCCAUGGGUACUCCCAUAAACUCUCUGGACCCGGGAUCUGAGCCUUUGUCCUUGGUUCUUGUCAGUGUCUUGCCUUUGAAAUGCAUUCGCCACCUACCUCUUGCUACCGGAUAGUCUCUGUCAAUACAUCUAGAUCCUUGUCAUCUGAGAGGCUCUCAGUUGCCAACUAGGACUGAUGAGGUAGUAGCAAUGUGUUUUACAUAAGUGCCGAUUCAAGCAAAAUAGAGAUGUUUGUAGGCAUUUAAAAAUACUUAAUGAGAAGAUACAGUAUUUGUACUGUUUACACUUUCUUAUUUUGCCAUCACUAAAAAGUUUCCUUUCUGUUUAAAAUUCUGUUUAAAAUAUCUGUGUAAUGAGCAUGGACUACAAUGCAGUGUUGUUGUGCUAUACUUUCAAAUGCUGGAGGCUGGGUGAGUUUGUCUUUUGUUGACAUGGUACUAUAAUUAUAAGAUGUGAUUUGUUUUGUGGUGCCUUUUAAUAUUAGAUUCUUUUACUCUAAGGUUUUUUUCUCCCCAUUUUUUAUUGUAAAUCAGAUAAGUAAUGACUUCAACACAGUUGUAUUACUCAGUCUACUUUGAAACAUAUUAUUUUAUCACAUAUUUCUUAGAUAACUAUGGUAGAUAGCCAUGAUGUUUAAUUUUGAUUUAGCAGAUGAUUUCCUGGCCUCUCCACUGUCUCCAUGAGCCUCUAGUAGCCAGGCCAUAAAUCUAUCUGAGAUGUCAUCCACUAUCUGAGACACUAGGCUGCUUCUCCUUAGCAGUGUUGUGAUCCAGAUGCAGAAUCAGCUCUUUUUUCCCCACUUCCCAGACAAGCUUGGCAAAGCUUGUAGCCAGCUAGCAGCCAAACCCAGGGAAAGGCUUUUCAUGAGUCUCUGGCUUCUGGUCUGUAGGACCUGGGGGCUGACCUGGCUUGAGCUUGGCCUUCUCUAGGAGGUCCAUAUUCCAAAGCUAGGUGAGGAGUGUUGGGCCGCUACAGGCUGGGAGUUGCUCAUCAGUGGUCUUUCUGUUUACCUGAAUUAAAUGGUUAGAUUCUUUUUGAUAAUAUGCUUAGCCAAAUAGGACUGUGGGUUUUCAGCCAGUUGGAAUCUCUUCAGAGAAACUCAGGUAGGAGCCAGGCCUUGCUUUUUUUCUUGGGCGCCUGUAUCUGCUUUGAGACUAAAGUUUAUGGAUGAUGCCUCAAACAGCCUCAAAAAAUUUUUUCCAUGGAAUUUUAGUAGCAUGUAUUUUUGUUAUGUAUUCAAAUGUUAAAUAUUUUUCUGUAUUUUUCUAUUUAGAGAUUUUUUUUUUAUAAUAGAAAAUUUCAGACAUAUAUAAUGAAUCCCUAUGUAUUCAUUAUUUGGCUUUACCCAUUGUAAACUCCUAGCCGAUCUUGUUUUAUUUCUAUACCCUUUUCCCUGUCUUCCUACCCUACUGAAGUAUUUCAAAACAGCUCCCAAAUACUGUCUAUAAAUAUUUCAGUGUGUACCUCUGAAAGGUAAGAACUCCUUGAGGGAUGCCUGGGUGGCUCAGUCAGUUAAGUGUCCAACUCUUGAUUUUGGCUCAGGUCAUGACCCCACAAUUCGUGAGAUCAAGCCCCGCGUUGAGCUCUGUGUUGACAGCGUAGGGCCUGCUUGGGACUCUCUCUUUUCCUCUUUCUCUGUCUCUCUCUGCUCUUUCCCUGCUCGCACUUGCUCUCUCAAAAUAAACUCUUUGCAAAAGAAAACCCACAAUACUAUUAUCAUACCAAUAAAAAUAAUUUCAUAAUUUGCAAUUGUUUUCUUAAAAAGCACAUACUUUUAAAAAGUUUAUUUGAAUUAGGAUCUAAAUAAGAUGCAUAAAUUGUAAUUGGUUGCUUUGUCUUCUAAGUCUUACAAUGUAUAAUUCCUAUUCUUUUUUCUCUUGAAAUUCAUUCAUGGAAGCAACUGCAUUUAUUUAUCCUGUAGAAUUUCUUGUCUUUGAAUUUUGCUGUUUGCAUACCCAUGACGUUAUUUAAUAUGUUUUUUUGCCCUCUAUAUUAACCAAAAACUUAAAGGAGUAACCAAAUUCAUUUCUUGUAUUUUGGCAAGAACACAUUAUAGAUGAUGGCAUGUCUGGUUGUUUCUCUCUGAUGUUAGGAUCCUAGAUGUAUUUAUUUCAUAAAUUCUAUAAAUGAUUCAUUUA